GGGAGCCAGAGACUCACUCACUUGUUUAACUGUGGGAAACACCGAAAAGACAGAGCAAGAAACAGACAGAAUUUUAUUCCUUUAUUCUAGAUUGGAGAGCCGGUGUGAAGAAACGCAGAGAAAACAAACUGUGCAAGGAAGUGUAUCUGUCCCCAUUCUGCAGCUCAAAUUUCUUCUGAUUCACCUGGACUUGCGCUUCCGGCAAAGAUUGUCAGCAAUUUGAUAAGAUGAGACUCUGGGUGAGGUUUUUGACCGGUGAAGAUAUUGAACUUGAUGUCAACACUUCCAUCCAAAUCUCGGCUCUCAAGAUGAUGAUAUACAAAAAAGCCAAUGUGCCCUAUUUCCAACAGCGCCUGGUGGUGCAAAAUGGGAGCACUGUGGAGCUGAAGGACAACAAGAGGCUGUUUGACUACAAUGUCUCUCCCAGCGAUGCUGUCAUGCUGAUUGUCAAGAACGAGGAGCGGAUGCAGAUUUUCCUCAGGAACGACAAAGGGAAAACAUCUACAUAUGAUGUUCUUCCCUCUGAGUCUGUUCAGGAUUUUAGAGCACGAGUACAACGGCAGGAGGGUGUCCCAGCCAGUCAGCAGCGUCUGGUGUACGAGGGGAAACAGCUGGAGGAUGGCCGGACACUCGCCGACUACAAUAUUCAGCCUGAGAGCACCAUCUUCCUCAUGCUACGUCUACGGGGUGGUAUGAGACUCCGGGUGAAGUUUAUGACCGGUGAGGUUAUUGAACUUGAUAUCGACCCUUCCAUCCAAGUGUCAGCUCUCAAGAAGAUGAUAUAUGAAAGAACCAAGGUGCCCCAUUUCCGACAGCGCUUGGUGGUGCAAAAUGGAAACGCUGAAGAGCUGCAGGACAGCAAGGGGCUGUCUGACUACAAUGUCUCUCCCAGUCAUGUGGUCAUGCUGAUUGUCAAGAAUGAGGAGCGCAUGCAGAUAUUCCUGAAGAAUGACAAGGGGAAAACAUCUACAUAUGAUGUUCUUCCCUCUGAGUCUGUUCAGGAUUUUAGAGCACGAGUGCAACGGCAGGAGGGUGUCCCAGCCAGUCAGCAACGUCUGGUGUGCGAGGGGAAACAACUGGAGGAUGGCCGGACACUCGCCGACUACAAUAUUCAGUCUGAGAGCACCAUCUUCCUCAUGCUUCGUCUACGAGGUGGUUAAUUAAGGCAGCACCAAUAUGGAAUGAGUGUUAGAUAUUACACAAAAACUACAAUAAAAAUCUGUUGUUUUUUCCCCACGGAUGCAAUUUCUAUGAGGUUAUGCAUCGCGAUUAGUAAGUAAAUGAUACUUUGAUUGUCACUCUUUGAUUGUCUUGUUAAUAACAGUGGGGUGUUCAUGCACAUAUUAGUGUCUGUCUACGAAGCAGGCCACUGCCUGCAUUCAUAGCCCACACGGAAUGUGUCAGACAAAGCAGUGGAGGACAUCGUUGAAAGAAGGAAUGAAAAAAUAUUUUUAUUUUAUACAUGAGGCCAAAGAUUACUAAACAUUUUCCUUUGGGACAUAAAUUCAGAUUAGGCCCAACUUCCUUCAAGCCUGCUGUCUGUGGAUAUCCUCUAUGAAAUAGGUUGUGUUAGUGUCAGUGUUAACCUAAUGCACGCAUGAGGAUUAUUCUUUUCGGUUCCAUUGCCACUCGGGUGUGGCACAAGGUGGUUGAUAUGAGAAAUGGAGAAAUGGGACGCUUUUUGUGAUGCACUGAAAUUUGCCCAAAAUAACACUAUAUAAUGAAUAAUGAUGCUAAAUGUUCUGCAAGGAUUCCUUUAGCCUUACUUUAUGUGAGUAGAUGUCUAUGUCCAAUAUAUAAGUGCUUUAGUCAGUUUGCUUAGUCUUUUGUAAUAACAGAAUGUUUGUGCCUGGCCUGUUCAUUUUAUUGAAAUGUGCAACGUAACUUGAAAAUAAAGUUGUUUCUUUGGAUACAAA